CAUCACUAUAUAUCACGAAGAAGAAAGGUCCAGAAUCAACAACAAGAUGGCGGAAACGCAAAACGGCACCGAUGCGCAACAGUCAAACUCGGAACCUCUUAAACUGUCCGAAUUGCUGGAUAGGGGCUGGAAGGCGUUUGAGGAGGUCGACAGAACAGACGAGCCACUUGCUUCCCAUGGUGUUCAGGUUAAAGUGAGGCGAGGCAUCGUUGCUCUGGAAGAGACGUCCAGCAUGGUGGCACAGUUGGACCUUUUCAGUCGGAAUGAAGACCUAGAAGAGGUCGCGACGGCAGACCUUAAGUACUUCUUGUCAUCACCUCUGCUCGGGGCUCUGACCCUGAAGAUCACCGGCAAAGAUAAGCGGCUGGAGGCGCUGCGUGCGGCCCGGGCCUACUUCAUGGACUUUCUGACGCGGUGUAAAGAAUACAACCUUUCCAAGUUUGAGUUACCCAGUACAGAGAAGCAGAGCUCUGGUCAAAGUCAACCUCCAGCUGCCAAGCCUUCGUCCUCUCAAGCCGACCUAGUUGCCAUGGCAGCACAGAGACAAGCCAAAAUCGAGCGUUACCGUCAGAAGAAAGAAUUGGAAGCUAGGCUGGAUGAUGUGCGCAAAGUUGUGGACAGUGGUCAGGCUGACGAGGAAACCAGCAGAGAUUUUUACCUGCUGAACAUUAGGAGAUGGGUGACUGUUAGUCUGGAGGAGAUCGAAUCCAUUGACCAGGAAAUUGAGAUACUGAAGAACUUGGCACAACCACAAGGUGCUCCUGAAACGUCAAGGCCAGCCAGACCUCCAAUGAAGCCUUUUGUCCUCACUAAGGAUGUGGUUCAGGCUCAGGUGUUUGGGGCUGGUUACCCCAGUCUGCCCACCAUGACAGUGGAUGACUGGUAUGAACAGCAUAGGAAGCAUGGAGCCCUGCCCGACCAGGGGAUACCCCACAGGGUCAGUGUGGAUGAGGACACAGAUGCCAAGGAGAGGGAGGAGGAAGAAAAAGAGAGAAAGGUGGACGAAGAUGAUGAGGAAGCCUUGAAGAAAGCAAGAGAAUGGGACAACUGGAAGGACACUCAUCAAAGAGGUUAUGGCAACAGGCAUAACAUGGGUUGACUGGUGCCAGGCACUGAACUUGACGCUCUUGGCUUGGAUCUCUCUGUGUGGUCUUCUUGGUGCAGGAGAUGCCACUCUCACUUUUCUGGACUGUUAAUGUAAGGCAACAAUCAGAGCGGCUCAUGCAUCUAACGGUGACACUUCAUCAGUCCAUCAUGCGCUUGAAUGCUUCUGAGUCUGAAUAAAGCUCAAAUUAUUUGUUGAACUACCAGCCACAAUGCCAGCAAUUCUGUUUUUGUGUCUGUAUUUCCUUUGGGGAGGGAGGAGAGUGUCACAUGUUGCCAGGUCUCCAUACCCUGGGGUUUUUUGUGGAACAGAAUAACACAAACUCAGCAAGGACAUAUUGUAACCUACAAAUAUGUGAACAACACAUAUCCAGCUAAAUAAACCGAAGUCCUAUUGCAAGUGCAACGUUGAGUUCCACUUCAACAUUUGUGGCGUCUGUGCCUCAACAUAUAUGGAAAAUAUGAAACAAAAUCAUGCAUGGAGUUGUACAGGUUUCUUUUGGCACCGUCAUUGCCCAAGCCAGAUAUCAAGGUUUGGGCAAUGACGGUGGUAAAAUGGCAAAAUCAAUAUCAGUUUCUCCGCCUCCUCCUGCAUGUGGCAAACGUCACUCUAAUGCAUGCCCUUCAAUUAUAAUGACAGCGACAACAAUCAGACUUGGUAGAUCCUUUAGUAUUUUAUUAACUCUGUUGUGUAAAAUCCAUGUAUCCUUUCAUUUUUUUCAAAUCAGAAUUUAUAUAUAUAUAUAUAUAUAUAAUUGUUUUUCCGUUUGAAACAAUAAAAGAAUGGAAAAAAUAAGGGUACAGCGGCCACCUUUCAGAUGUACUUUGGUCAAAACGUUGCUGCGCUGUGUGUCUGUAAAGUGUGCCUGAAGUGUGACUGCUGUAUCCUGAAUUUCGCCCCUCUUCAAUUUAUAAAUCCAGGUGUGGAAAUGCCCAGAAAACAAUGGACAGAUCAAAACAGAAACAA